AUGCUGAAAACCGAAGCACGGGUGUUCGUACAACGGUUCGACGAUUUCAAAUGGCAGAUACUAAUUGCUGUAGGUUUAUUGUCCAGACGCACAGUGGUGAAGAUAAAUAUCGUGAAAAGUCAGCUGCAGGGUUCGGGCUAUGGCGAGGCUGAACCAGAAUUUCUGUCUCCCCUUGAGAAUAUAACUGUCGCGCAAGGCAGGGAUGUGCAUUUCACGUGCACAGUAAAUCACCUCGGUAGCUACAAGGUGGCUUGGAUCAAAUCGGAUACAAAGACAAUAUUAGCAAUCCACACUCAUAUGGUAACACUUAAUCCACGGCUGUCAGUUACACAUAAUGGACACAAUACUUGGAAGUUGUACAUCAGUAACGUAGAGCCGAAGGACUCUGGUACUUACAUGUGCCAAAUAAACACUGAUCCCAUGAAGAGUCAGAUGGGCCAUCUAUCGGUCGUGAUCCCGCCGGACAUCGCGGACGAUGACGGCUCGGAGGCUGGUGCAACAGAAGGAGGUUCCGUAGAACUAAGAUGUACAGCGACCGGAGUUCCGGAACCAACAAUGUCGUGGAAAAGAUCCGGCGGAAGGAACAUAAUAUUCCGAGAUGACAGUGGAAAAGAAAUUAAGGUUGUAGAAAGCUACGUAGGUUCUACGUUAUCAUUGCGGGGCCUUAAGCGGACUGAUAUGGGUACAUAUCUCUGCAUAGCUGCAAACGGAAUUCCACCCACGAAGAGUCGAAGAUAUGAAGUUUCUGUGUUUUUCGAGCCGAUCGUGCGUGUUGCCAGCUUGGUUGUAUGGCGUGCCGCAGACAUGCAAGUCACACUCCAAUGCUACGUGGAAGCCUCCCCAAAAGCUCUGACAAUGUGGCAACGAGGGAAAUCACAAACAGGUGCAAAGCUGUUGAACAGUUCCAAGUACAUAAUAUCGGAAGAUUUCCUGAACGAGUAUGCUAUGAAAAUGAACCUGACGAUAAACCGCCUCAAAAGGAACGACUUCGGGGAAUAUACCUGCUCCGCAGCUAAUGCUUAUGGGAAGGCGAAUGUUACUAUAACGUUAAAAGAAACGCCGCAGAAGACAACAACCACGACCACGACGACGACCACGACCACUACAACGGAGAUGAUCACAACCACGGUCAUUUCUACCACGCGUUCGCCCAAACGACACUACAAGAAACAACCGGAUAGAAACAAGAACGCACUUGAUAUUGAACUGAUGCAUGGCAAUUCUAUAAACGUUUACAAUUUUAACUCCCACGGAAAUAAUUCUCAUAACGAAUACGCUCAGAGGACGGAACGACAAAAAGUACGACCUUCGGGGCCACCACGACAUUACAUCGUAUAUAAUAAAGCAUCCCGAUAUGAAACAUCUAUUUCUGUACUGAUAAUAUUAGCGUUCUUGUAAACUAUAUUUUUAUAUAAUAGGUGAUAAAAAUGGCUGUUGAAUUAUUAGAUUAAAGGUUGUUGAAGACGAUUCUGUUUGUACAAUGUUGACAUUGUUGUGUAAAUCGUAACUGACAGUCUGUAUUGUAAGGUAGAUACCAGCUUUAAUUUAAGUAUAAUUUAAGUAAAAGACAAUAAAUACAAUACAUGUACGUCUCGAGUCCAAAGUACAUAUGCGAUUAGAUUCAAUAUCAAAAGGGCCAUAUCAACUUUUAUUGAAUAUUUUCAUAGCGAUUAACACGUUUUGUUUAAAACUAUUUCUGCAAUACGAUAUAUUUUGAUGUGAAUUUUGUAAUUACAAUUUAUGCAAAUUUUUAAACUUAGUGCGGUCUAGAGACUAAUUACCUACUAUUGAUGUUCUUAAUCAUGUUAUGUCUUUAAUUAAUAUUAUAUUACUGCGUGUAAGUAAUGCAUGUUACGAAUUUAGAUUAAAUUGAAUAUGACAAUACGAUUGUAAAUGUAAUGACAAUAACAGAGACCAAAGAAAUGAAGGUAUAUUUGUAAAACUUGUAUUAAAUAUGAGGUUAUCAGUAGUAUGAGCUGAAUAAAUCUGGCAAGGUUAUCCAUUUAGUACGUUUAUAAUAACUGAUAGCUCCUACUUUUGUAAUAUUAAUGAACUAAUGCGAAUGUUUAGAUAGUUUUUGUUAUAUAUAUCUCAUACUAAGAGCAAAAACCUUGUAGCUGCUUGAUAAGUUUUUGGGACGUGUUACCUCUUUUAAUAUAUAAUAACAAGUGACAUUAGUCUCCGCUUUUAAGUAACUUAUUUUACAUUAUAGGAAACGAAAUGAUGCUAUACAUAAAAAAAUUGUCUUCCGAAUAGCUGUAAUGGUGUAUCGGUUCAAAGUUACGAGCGUUCUCGUAAUGGUUCUUUUGGACAUCUACUAUGUAUUAUAGUAUAUAAUGGAAGUGUAUUGGAAACUGCAAAGAAUUUACGAUAGAUUUAGAUAAUUAGCAUAAUUAUGCUUUGUAACAUCACUGUACUGAUUUAAUGAAGUCUAGUGAAUAGGACGGAUUUUUUUAUUUACAAAUAGAUUGCUUGUGCCAUUAUUGCGAACAUUUUUGAAUUUCGCAAAAAAUAAUAUAAAUAUUUAUUUUAUGUGUAUUAUGAAAUAUUAGAUCAUAGAUUACGUGUUUCUGAAAAUCUUUAUAAAUAGAGUGUUUUAACUUACAAUAAUAAAACAUUAUAUUCUGGACACAUUAUAUAUCAAAAAUUAAUUAAGGAAAGCGUAUUGAAUUUGGAAUACGAUAUUUGUUAUAAAAAAAAAAACAAUUUUUGGUAUCUUAAGAUUAUAACAAUAAUACUAUUAAAGACAAUAAUUAAUCAGACAAUAUUAGGUAUGUUAUGUAAAUAGUCAUGUUAAUCGCAUUUUAG